AUAAGAAAUUGAAAUUGAAAUUAGUUAGAGAAUUAAAGAGAAGAUCUAUAUCGAUAUUUUUUACUAUCGUUUUUUUUGAGGAUUAUUAAUAAUAAUUUAUUAUUAUGACUAAUUUACACUACGAGUACGAGUACACUUUACAAGAUAAAUUUAUUCAAGGAAUGUCAAAACCUAAGCGAACUUUAGAAGUACAGUUCGACAGCGCACCAAAAUCGGCACCACCGUCGUUGGCGUCUUCUCCGAAGAGUUGCUCUUCUGGUUUCUCUCAAUACUACAGAAACUUUUUUUUAUCACAAACCGCUAAAGAAGAUCAACAGAAGGCUUUAAAAGAAGAAGGUGGUAUACUAUGGGAAACGAACUCUAAGAGUGCUGAAAAUUUAGAAUCGAUUGUUAGCAAUUCCCUGGUAGGCUAUUUGCAAAAAGUAUCUCAAAAAUCGAAGACUCAGUCAUCUAAAAUGGGAAGUUAUAGGGAUGUGAACAUUUUGGCUCCGACUAGUACAUAGCUCAUUUUAUAAUCGGAUUUUUUGAGUAUUUUUGGCUAUAUUCCGAUUGCUUUUUGGUUUUGGUAAAAAAAAAAAACAAACUGACAAAGACAGAUUUUCUCAUUUAAACUGUUUAUACUUUUCAAACAAGCCUCUCUUCUUGCAUCAUAUUUUUCCCGGAUGUAUUCAUUGAAAGUUUAAUGACACACUUUAUCUUUUUUUUUAAAUCUAUAUUACAUCCUUCCUAUUUUACUUUUUUAGUAGUGACAUCUUGUAUGAAAUCUUAUCAUAUUCUUUAAAAUUACAUAUAUGCAUUACAAAUUCAGCUUUAUUUUCUACUUUAUUACGCAGUAUUAGAUUAAUAAUCCAUACGCCAUCCUCUACCCGUAUCACAUUGCCCAAAAAAUUGACACGUAAUUUAUUUUAGGCCUAUAUUUCUUGGAAAUACUUUGAACCCAGUUUUAUUUGUCUAGACUCGAAAUUGAAACCCACUAAAGCCUUGUUAAGAGAAUAAUACAAUUAUGAAGAAGAGGAAGGAAAAGAAGAAACAUAUAAAGGAUAAAAAAAGACAUUGCAAUAGACUUUUAAUAAUUAGUAAGCAGGAAAAAAUCUAUAUCAUAUCUUUAUUUAAGACACUACUCGUUUAAGUUUAACAACAAAAUUAUAGAGUUUUCUAGAUCAAAGUCAAAACCGUUGUUAAGGAUUUUCCUUUCAAACUACAAUAAAGCGAAGACGAAGUAUGAAAAUUGAAUUUACAUCCGGUAGGCAUUUUCUAAGAAGAUUAUUCCAUGCCUAGCGAGCCUUCUUUAUAGCCGUAAAUCAAAACUAAUUAACUGAAUUAUAAAAAAAGCUAAAGAUAGAACUGAAGGAAAAGUUAAAGAGAAAAGAAUCGUUUAUACUGUAUAUACAGUAUACACGGUGUCUAAAAGAGCAAGGAAGACAGAAUAGAAUCUCUCUUAGUUGACCUUACUAUUAAAGGGAAACUUAUAGCUACAAAUUUGUUUUAAAAAUACUGUUUGCUAUUUCAAACAACUAUACUUACAACAGUACUUUGCAAUGAAUAAUGUUUUCACCUUCAAUUGAAUAAAAUAACCUUGAAAGAAUCAUCUCUAAAUAUUUAUUAACCUAUGUGUCCUCUUUGUCCUUCUGUUCAACUUUUAUCUGUUUUUAAAGCUUAAUUUACAAGAGACAGGGUUGAAUUGAAAUUUAUAGAAAAAAGUGAAGCAUGCAGUUUACGUUGACGGGGGAUUUAUAAGUAGUAAAAGGAUACUUCCAAGAUGUAAGUGGAUGUCAUAGAAGGAGUAGGAGGGGGAGGAGGAGAAGGAGAAGAAGAAGCAGUAAUAAUAGCAGCCGAAGGAGACGGAAGGGGACGACUAAGGAUAAGAUUAAAGAAGGAGUAAAGUUUUUAUAAUGGGAAAUUGAUAAAUGGUUAAGCUUGAAGCAUUUUUUUAGGUCGUUCUAAAAACCCCCAGAGACGAAGAAACGUAACGACCUGCGCUAGCCUUGACUGAUCUAAGGUUAUAAUUGUAUCGAUUUCUCCUUCAUUUUUUCCCUUUAUAUAGCUGUACUUAAUUGACAGGAUGACAAAUGUAAAUCUAAAGGAAAUAUAAAUCUUGCUUUAACUUUUCUAAAGAACUGAUUAAGUGGGUGACAAAAUGAAAAUAUAUGAAUAAAGCAGUUUAAGUGAGAAAAAUUGAAACUUUCUAUAAGACUUUCUUAUUUGCAACAGCUUGAGAUUUUUAUUGUAAGAUUCACAGUACAAUGACCUCAUUCCCCUUAACCUAAAA